CAACAACUCUGCUCCGCUGCUCUUGUCAAAGCCGCUAAGGCGUCGCUCAAUGUGUCUGCAAUUUUUUAUUAUUUUAAUAAAUUUAAACUGAAUAAAUAAAGUGCUGGACCCAUUCCGUGGUAUGUCGAGCAAAGGAAAGACUACACAGUCAUUCAACACGUCUAGAAAAAAGCUACACUUCCUUCAAAAAUUAACGUUACGCCAGGUAUAUGGAGAUCUCCGUCAACACAAAAGAGGUCCAAGACUUCGCUUCUUCAAUCAACUGCCUCCACGCUUGGCAUUCCCUCUAGCUCAACUUGCUCCACUAUCAGCUUUAUCUGCAGGGCAUAUAUUUCUGGGCUUCACUAAGUGUGGACAGUUCUUCUUGUCUUACACUUACUCAUGUGAUCUGGAUGACAUCACCUUGCAGAUCACACACAGGUACCGAUUGCAUUGGUGGCUUGUUGUACCAUAUGCAAACCUCAGGAAGGUUGCCGAGGUGAUGCUUUUUGGAGACCAAGAUAUCCUUGAGACCUCUUAUGAUAACCUUUCCAUCACCAUCUGCCAGUGGCCCAAUGACCUCUCAAAGAUUCUUGUUUAUGGUUGCAGCCUAGAGAAAGAGACGGAUGUUCUGAACCAGAGUAGCAAUAGACGAUGUUACCUCACAAUCACUGCUGUGCCAUCCUUGCAAGGCUGUAAAGCCUGCUCCUUGGUAGCUACAUCUUAUGAAGAAGAAGAAGUGGCAGAACGCUGGAACACAUGUGCUCGUCUCAGCUGUUUGCGUCAUGGCUACACAGUGCACACAAGCUUUGAUGUGGUGCCUCCUUUUCCUCGCUUCAUGCCUUCAGUGCAACUCAAAUAUCGUGACUGGGUGGUUCUUAACGCCGGUAAUUUCAUUCACGUGCUCCGCGUGUCACUGAAGAAUACAACGAACGUCACAAACAAUGUUGGUGUCAUGCUAGGCACCUCAAACUGGAAUGCGCUCUAUCAAGCAAGACUGGCGGGCUUACAAGUCAUGCAGUCUCCUCGAGUCCAGGAUGAGAGACAUGCGCCUGCUGAUGUGCCUGCGGUCUCUGGAAUGGUUGUUGAAAUGUUGGAAAACAGCGUUUCUGUUAUAGACAAUGGCUCCUGUGAACAUAUAGGCAUGGGCGCUAACAACGCAACAGGUACGACGAGAGCUUGCCAAGGUUCAUGCCUCGUGGACGGAGGGGAAGAAAGUUCUGGAAGUGACCUAGAAAAUGAUGCUUGUCAAGAUAGAAGAAUCCUGACCGAGGCUGAUAAAGAUCGGGAGUGGCAAAUUUUAAUUGGUAAUGUUAAUAAUCUACCUCCAUCGAAACCUUACAACGUGAAUAGUGGUGUUAUUGAUACUGAUAGUGCUAGCGAUGUAGAAAUUGGUACAAAUGAACCCUCGAGUUCUGGCGGUAGUUCUUUAUGUACAGUUAAAGAUAUUAAUUUAAGAUUUGAUAUGCUCAAACAUGGUGAACUUAAAAUGGUUCCCACAGCAGAAGCAACUUCCACUCAUUGUAGCAACUUCCCUAAAUCUGUAAUAACGAGAAGUCAGUCACAACAACGAAUGCGAUCUCCUCAGAAAUGCGAUCUUUUACCAAGUCACAUGUCUCCUUCUGCCAAUGCCGUGUCGUCGAGCGAGUCAUACUCGUGCAAUGAUGACUCGGACGACUCGACGGUAUACCUCGCGGCCAGUGCAAGUCCGUCUCGGUGCCAUUGUCCCGCCCCCACACCGACCUGGUCUCCAAAUCCUUCCCGCGGCAGGACCUUCCCUGGCGAGGGGAGAACUUGUGCCCCUAAGGUGCGUGGAACUCCAGGAUCGUCUCUAACUCGUUGGCACAGCGACGAUGGACCCAGUGAGCCUGACGAUGCCGGUGGAACGUGGCUACGUUCCCGGACUUUGCCUCGCCGGUCCAGCGAUUCGACCGUGCCGCACGUCUUGACGUCUCCCACCCCCGGCAACGAGUACGAAUUUAUCGAUGAAAUUGAGAGUUCCAGACAUGAGAAGCUCAGUGUCUUCAGAAAGCGUCGGUUAGCCGAUAAAAAAUACGAGUUCACAGACGAAAAUUCUGAAAAUGUGCCCGCAAAUUACCGUAGUUAUCGCCGGCAAAGUGACCGCCACGUGGUGGUUCCCACUCCAUCAGGCUCGCCUCACGACUACCACACCCGUGCAGCAGCGGCCGCUUCUGCUAGUGCGGAGGCUGCCUCAGCUUCACCGUCCGCGAGCUCUGAUACUAACGGGCAUUUCAGGAAUGUGUACGAACGCCUCUUGAGCCCCUGCAGCGGCAUUGCCUCUCCCAACGAAGUCUUGAGGCCCAUCAACCCUAACAUCUCCAGCCCUCUUCUCUCGCCCAGAGAUGACAGAUGGAGCUGGGACUGGGAGAGAAGCGAAAAGACGGCGUCCUCUCAGUGGGGGCUGCCCACUUGGGGAUCACAGGAGAACUUAACCCUGUUGGGAGUGAGCCCCAACCACCCCGCGUCCCGCACCCCCACUAGCUGGGUACCACCGACUGCCACUGAUCCUCAGUCCGCUACUGAAGGGGAAGCGAGCGGCAACUCACAGGGCUUGAAGUGCGUGGUGGACAUCAACAGGUGCUACAUCGAAGUGGAUGACGAGCUGGUCUCCAUCAUCACUGACAUCGAAGACGACGAGCUGAGCAGCUGCACGGGCUACCACAACGCGCUGCCGCUCGAGGUGCACGGCACAGGCUACACGCAGAUGCACAUGAUCUCCGCCCCCACCGCCCAGAAACUCUCGAUGCCAUGUGUGAAGGUGCGCCAGCUGAGCUUGGACGUGGAGCAGUUCUGCCACGACACGGCGCACCAACUCUGCCGCGUCGCGGGCAAGCGUUACUCAAGCUGCAGCGACUAUAACGUCGAGAUUGUUGAUGUGUGUUCAGAGACGGGCAACAUUGUGGCGGUGGCGUCCGUGUUGGUGCAGGCCGACAACCUCCCCGUGCCUCACCCUCUCAGCCCCCACAAGACUCGCAGUGCCAAGCGCCCCACGCAGAGCCCCAGCAGGCUGGACCCUGCACCCUCCACCAAAACACGGAAGCUCUUCAAGGCUUCCUCCACUUUCGUCUUCAAUAUCAACACCAAGCAGUACAAAGUGCUCGAUCAACAGCCCUUAAAAGAGGAACAUCCUUUCCACUUGACGUGCCACGAAGUUUGCAGCAGCGCGUGUGAGGACCGCUGGUGGUGGCAGUCAGGCGGCAAACUGGCGAGACAGCUGAGAGCCUUGGCCACCCACCCCACUUCUUACUACGGCAGCGUUAAAGUCCUCACCAACCAGCCCUUCAUCAGAGGGAAGUCGUUGAGCCACAUCAUGGAAGGACAGCACCUCAUGGCCGUCGUGUUGGGCCCCAUUCCUGGCCCUGAGUCUUAGUCGUGUGCUCCUCACUACAGCUGCUGAUCAUGUCCGACAAUCUUGAAACUAGAAUGUUUUGUUAUUCGAUUUUUACCAUUUGAGACUGGGAACCACUUAGAUGCACGGCUUUAUUUCUACAGUUUUGAUUGCUAUUGAAAAUUUCGCGAUCUCUCUUUGUUUUUCAGUUCCGAAUCUUGAAGAGUUAAUGGUUACUGUUCAGUAUUAAUUUCCACUUUUUGACAUUCUUCUAUACAUACAAGUUUGAGCUUGGUUACACAAAUAUAAGUUGUGAAAUUUUAUGGGUUUAAAAACCAAUUUCAAAUUAUUUUGCAGGCGAUCCUUCAAAAUGCCUUCUUAAUUUUUUUUCGUAAGUUCCCGUAAAGUCAAGUGGCAAUUCAGAUAGCUGGCUGAGCGCUAGAUUAAUUUUUUCUGCAUGACACGAAUCAUCCAACUCUCAUUGGGUUCAAGAUUCUUCAUUUAUUAUCGGUUAAACUGUUGAAAAGACUUGGUAUAAAUUUUCAGAGGAGUAAUCUUAGUUUUCAUUUCAUAACUAGAUUUGAUCAAGUUUGAUUUUUCACUACCUGCCUAAAGCAGCAUCAUUCAUGGUAUUUUAUUUAUGUAUUUAUUGACGUUAUUUCCAUUUUUUUAAGACUGUGCCGAAAGGGUCACUCAUUCGUUUUCAUUGUUGAAAUUUGUUAUUGUGUGGUGAGACUUUGACACAUGCCAUUCAAUGUGACAAUUUUAUUUACUUCGAAGGAAUAGAAUACUACUACGUUUUUGGCAUUCCAUGCAACAUAAUGUUGUAAUGUUCGUUUUGUUCUAUGUCUUAUGUUGAACGGUCGUAGAAUAUUUGGAAUUCGGUGUUGUGAUUUAUCGCUUCUGUCAUAUAGUUACCGCCGAUUGUAUCUGCCGUUUAAAUGUUCCUCAACACAAACUUUUGCCAAUCAAUAAUUAAUGAAGCGUCGCCGUUAGUACUAAUUCUUGCCGCUCAUUAUACAUAAUUACCAUACCGUACUCAAACUACUUCUCACGUUGAGCCUGCUGUUCAUUUUUUUCUGACAUGAUUUGAGUCGUUAUUUCCAUUACGAUUGUGAACGAAAUUUUCUGUCCCUCCCUCCAAUUACUUUUUAUGAGUCUGAUGUAGCACCAUUUAUAUACUUUCAUCUUAGACUCUUCGUGGUUAAUUACGCCCAAAGCUUUCAUGGUAUACUGUCUCACAGUUUAAGAAUUAUUUAUAUCAGGCCUUGAUAACAUGUAUCUUAUUUCUUGUAAUAUUGACUUAUUAUUUAAAUGGGUUUUAUCAAUUGUUUCCAUAGUAAUUAGUAGCAUUUUCAAUAUUGAUUCGAUGAAUGACCAAUGAAUGUGAUGUUUGGAACCCUUGCCGAAUGCGCAAGAGUGUCUGCUCAAUCUAUAAUUAAAGUAAUACUCUAAUGACCUAUUAUACCUAUUUGACAUCCGAGUCAACAUCUGCUAUGAAAACUACGACUAUUAACGAUAUAUUUUUUCCUUUUAGUGGAGUUUUUUCUAUGCCAACUGUAUAUAUCAGAGGGUACGUUUAGCUCAUGGAAAUGAUGGAACUUGUAAUAUUUUUAUAUUGGUUAUUUGGUUACCUAUCCAUUUUGAACCUUGACAAUGAAUUAUCGAGUCGAUUAUUAUUAUUUUAUCAUUCCGUAGUAGAAGGUGUCAUAAUUAGUAUUAAAGCUUCCGUCAGUUAACUUUUGAAGCUGAAGCUCAAAAAUUUCCUUCCUUCUAUGUAGGUAUUUUUCGACGUGUACGCCUUCUAGUCACUAGUUAUUUUGCGUUAAAAUCUACGUUAUUAUAUAUUCAUGUAUU